AUGGAUACUUCGUUGUAUCCAAUAGUUAUUGCUGUUGUUGUGUGUUUUGUAACUGUUAUACUAUAUUGGUUAUCGGUCAGAAAGAGACUUAAAAACGUGUUGUUUAUUGGUGCUUGUGAUUCAGGGAAAACAACUCUUUUUUCAUCUAUUGUAUAUGGAAAUCCAUCUUCCACUUUUACAUCUCUCAAUGAGAAUGUUGGAAAUCUAAAAACAGAUAAAAAAUUACUAAUUAGUUCUAGGGCAUUGGUAUUUGUCAUAGAUUCAAAGUCUAUUCAUAGUGACGUAAAAGAUGUUGCUGAGUUUUUGUACAAUAUACUUGUGGAUAAGGUCUUUAUAAAGAAUCGCGUAAAAUUACUAAUAGCUUGCAAUAAACAAGAUGCUACCACGGCAAAAGGCGUCAGUGUAGUGACUCAUUUGCUUGAAAAAGAAUUGAAUACUCUUACAUUUACACGUACUGGUGCGCUUGCUGGCCUCGAUCAGUCCACCAUAUCAACAUUGACAAAGCCGGGAGUGACCUUCACUUUUGCAAAAAGUCGUUUACCGGUGGAUUUCGUUGAAAUUUCUGCUACAAAUAAUGCUUCUGCAAUUCAUAAGUGGCUUGUGCAAUUAUAA